AUGGGAUCAUAUGCAAAACCCAAACCAAAAUUCCUUACAGUACAGCGCCGCUUAAUCAAUCAGAAGAACCUAAAUUCUCUUUUUCCUCGGCACGUGGUUGGAUUGGAGAUGGGUAUAACACCGUCUUCUUGUUGUGAAAAGAAAAAAACACUGUCUGCUUCAAAUGUUGAGGUUAGCAAUUAUAUGCAUGAUGAUAUUCUUUUCUCUAUUCUCUCUAAACUUUCUCUUAAGUCUUUGAAGCGAUUUGAAUGUGUAUGUAAAUCAUGGUCUCUCUUAUUCGAUAACCCUUAUUUUAUGACUAUGUUCCGCAACUAUUUCGUAUCUAAAGACCAUUCUUUUUAUGAUGAUAUAUCUUUCCUCCUACAUUUGAAAAACCAAGGUCUGUUAUACUCUCUUUCUGGUGAGGGGUCUGAGAAUAAUAAAGUUAGAUUUCAUUGGGAAAGGCUUCCUCUCACAGAUAGGAAUAACGACUUUUCUUUUAACAUUUUGGGUCCAAUUUGUUUUAAUGGCACUCUUUUUCUCCAAUAUUAUAACAACAGUGGCGAAAGAAAUUUUAUGCUGUGGAAACCAAAUACCACGGAAUUCCAGAUCAUAUACACUGAAUGUAGUUUUCCAAAGGUUUGGUCUGAUCAUUAUCAAGUCGGUUAUGAUCAUGUUAAAGAUGACUAUAAGAUGAUUAGGCGCACUCAUUGUCCUCCUAAAAGUAACCUCAGGGUUUCUUCCUUCUUGGAAGUAUUUAGCAUAAAGAAUAAAUCUUGGAAGGAAAUUGAUGACGAUUUUCCACACUCAUGUAGAUGUAGUGAAGAAGUGUAUGUGGAUGGAGUGUCUCAUUGGUAUGAAAAACUCGGAACACGUACACAUUUGGUGUCAUUUGACUUCAGCAAAGAAUCUUUCAUUACAACACCGGUGCCCUCUUACACAGAUGAUGCUUUUGAUUUUAAUUCGACAAGGUGGAUGAGGACGAGAAUUUUGACUGUAUUAAAUGGAUCUAUUGCUUUUAUAGUACAUUGUGAAGAGACAAGUACAUUUCAUAUUUUAAUUUUGGGUGAAAUCGGUGUCGAAGAAUCAUGGACUAAACUUUUUAGUGUUGGGCCCUUACCUUGCCUAAAGAUUCCUAUUGGAAUAGGGAAGAAGGGAAAUAUAUUGAUCAAAAAGAAAAACAACGAACUAGCUUGGUUUGAUAUAAGUACCGGGACUAUUGAUGAGAUUGGUGUUAUGGCAGAAACUUAUGGCAAGAUAUUAAUCUAUCAAGAAAGCUUUCUUCCAAAUGGAGGAAUAUAUAGCAAAUUAUCUUCUAGUUUUCACAAACGACCUAUAUGAAUUUUACCCCUUGUACUCUCUUAGUCCAUUUCUGUAUGCAAAUUGAUAUGAUUUUUAUUUCAGUUUCAAUUG